AUGAGCCCCAAGAAGGGCGAGACCGGUCGUGGGCUGUGGAAGAAUUUGUCAUGUGAUUUCGAGCCUGGAGACACCACAAACGAGAGAUUAAGCUGGGUUCCAGGCAGUAGUAGUCCCCCCCCCCCCCAAAAGGCAAUUGACCCGCACCCACCCUGUUAUCAUGGCCAAUCCACAAGUGAGUUGACGAAAAGCCUAUCAAAACGCCUAAGCCAGUUAGAAUCCGAGGACCUCAUGAUUUUUCUCUGUGAGGAAUACAUCAAGGACUGGCGCAUUUCCGUGACGAAGCGCCGCGUAUUGCAGGUUACCCUCGAAUUGCUCAUCUGUUCCAUACAUCCUCUUCCCGGAGUCAACCUAUUUUUCGAACUUCCCUCCCGUCCACCUCAAAAUAUCACUAUCCUGCACCCGAUCCGCAAAGAAGUUGGGAACAGCAAUUUGAUGGGCAAAUUCAGCCCAUAUCUUCUGCUGGUCCUGCCGAUGAUUGGACGUUUGUAUCUGGCAUUUAGAACACUGCUGCUUCAUUCGAAGAUGUUCAACGAUGCCGGAUCCCGUAGUAUCGGGUCAAUGAACAAGGUUGGUUUAUCUGUGAUAGAAAUUCUUCGCUGCCCGCAAGGAAGGAGUGAGAUGAUCCAAGUGGCUUGGGCGACCUGGCCGUAUCCCAGUCCUCGUGCUUCCUUCGGGUGGCAUGGCAGUCAGGCACCGAAGUUAACUCGUUCUGACAUUUUUACAAUGGUAUCUGCUGCUAACCCGCAUCAGUGCCUAGUGCCGGAGAAAAAAGACUCACAGAAGGGAACACAACCAUUAUAUUCCGAACAAGCGAGUCAGCUUCGAUCUACGCUUUGUACUAAAAACCAUGAUGACCUUGUGCCCCCUCAAGUCCCUUCUGGUUUUCAUUUGCGUCAUCUGGAUCAUUCUCAGUUGGAUGUUGCGGGCAUGCGAACUGGGGCUGGAUGGACCAAGUGGUUAGAGCGCAAAUUUACUGACCGGGAGGUCCGUGGUUCGAACCCGACCUCUGCCUCUCGACUUCCCCUGUCUAGCCAUGGGCGACCUGGCAGUAUCCCAGCCCUCGUGCUUCAUUCGUGUGGCAUGGCAGCUAGGCACCGAAAGGAUGCUUCUUUUCCAUCUUUUUUCAACAGAAUUCAAAUGGAGACUCAGCUCAGUCCUCUCAACUCAGCGUGGUUGAUCUCCGUUACUUUUCUGAGUAUUGGAUACGGGGAUAUUGUACCACAUACACACUGCGGUCGUCUGGUUGCAGUCAUUACCGGUCUGAUGCAAAUGCUACAAAGCGACUCCACAAAUUGCGUAAUAGAUCUCAUUUUUCAAGAGACGCGAAGCAGAGUUACGAGGAAACAUACUACUCGCAUGCCUCAACAGUACUGUAGCAUCCUUUCGGUGCCUAACUGCCAUGCUACCAGACGGAAGCACGAGGGCUGGGAUACUGCCAGGUUGUCCAAGCCUAGACAGCGAAGGCGAGAUGCAGAGGGAUCCGCCUGUACAGCGCUGCUAGUGGCAGUUUUCUCGCGAAAGCUUGAGCUCUCCAAGGCAGAAAAGCACGUGCUUCAUUUUAUGGAGGCGAAUGAGAUCACAAAGCGAGUAAAGCACUGCGCUGCCAACGUGCUACGUGAGACCUGGUUGCUUUACAAAAAUGCCCGACUGAUGCCAACAGUCAAUCCCAAACGUGUGCGAGUACACCAAAGAAGGUUUUUACAAGCCAUUUACAGUUUACGGAAGAUAAAGGUGAAACAACGGGAAAUGCAGGACAAGUCGGACUCAUUGGUAGACCUUGCAAAGCUUCAAACAAAUGUAUUCGAGGGGGUUGCGGAUAUUUCUCUCAGACAAGAUUCGUUUCAAUCUCAACUGAAAUGCAUCGAACACCAACUUUUGGAGAUCAAGCGACUGAUAGUGGAAGAGCGCAGAAUCGAAAAGCCGUGCUCUUCACAACACAACCUCGUGACCGGAAGCCGCCAGCCUCGAAGACUUUCUGCUGAUAAUCAGUUGCGAACGAUUUUUCAUGAUUCCAGCUAGUCCACCAGAGCAGUCAAUUGUUGUAUUCAUAGAUAACCGCAC